AAUGGCAGAUAUUUUAAAUUGGCUGACUUCGGGUUGGCUUCACUAUACAAAGUGAGUGACCGGGAUCACCAAGCUCCGGAAGUACAGGAAAGUGGUGAUCAUAGCCGCAAAAGUGAUGUCUACAGUCUGGCCAUAACUACAGAAGAGAUAUUUGACUUUGAUUUGGAGAACAUAAUGGAGUCAGACAUACAAAGUAGUUCACAGAAGUAUUCAUCAGAUAAUGAAGUGUUAAACAAAUGUGUCGUUCAUUUGAAACAAGAAGUAAAAACGAUGUUAUCCUUAGACCCGACUGUUAGACCCUCUUGUGGUGAAAAUUGUCUCACAGCUGAUCCCACAUUUGGUGACACAUUAAGACUUAUUAAGCGAAACGCUAAUACGUUAGACGCUAAUAAGCUAAACGAUAAACACAAAAUCCGGAAUGAAGGAUAG